CUCCCGAUUCUCACUUCCACGCCAAGAGAACGAGAUCUCUCUUCUCUUGGAACCCUAAUUUCUCUCUGUUUGUUCUUCAGUAAUGCGUUUCUUAUACUGUAUCUUUCUCUUCUUUCUUCUGAUUUGUGCUUUUCGGAGCUCUCAUGGCCGCAUCUUUAGCUUCAAGAUGCACCAUAGGUUCUCCGAACAGGUCAAGAAGUGGUCCGGUGUUUCUGGAAAGUUGUCUCUCCCUGAUUCUUGGCCGGCUAAAGGAAGCAUUGAGUAUUACUCUCAACUGGCCUUACGUGAUCGCUACUUUCGUGGCCGGAGGCUAUCCGAAUUUGAUGGACCGCUGGCUUUCUCCGAUGGGAAUUCGAGUUUUCGGAUUAGCUCGUUGGGAUUUCUGCAUUAUACUACCGUACAAUUAGGAACUCCAGGAAUGAAGUUUAUGGUGGCACUUGACACUGGAAGUGAUCUGUUUUGGGUACCUUGUGACUGUAGUAGAUGCGCGCCCAUGGAGGGCUCUCCUUAUGCUUCUGAUUUUGAGUUGAGUAUAUACAGCCCCAAAGAGUCGUCAACGAGCAAAACUGUUCCUUGCAACAACAGUUUAUGUGCACAACGUGAUCAAUGCAUAAAGGCCUUUGGCAAUUGUCCAUAUAUUGUCUCCUAUGUAUCAGCCGAAACAUCAACUAGUGGUAUAUUGAUAGAGGAUGUUCUACACUUGAAAACAGAAUAUAAGCAUUCUGAACCUAUCCAGGCAUACAUCACAUUUGGCUGUGGGCAGGUACAGAGUGGCUCAUUUCUUGAUGUUGCAGCUCCCAAUGGCUUGUUUGGGCUCGGUAUGGAGCAAAUAUCAGUUCCUAGCAUAUUGUCAAGAGAAGGUUUUAUGGCAAAUUCUUUCUCUAUGUGCUUUAGCGACGAUGGAGUUGGAAGGAUCAGUUUUGGAGACAAGGGUAGUUCAGAGCAGGAAGAAACCCCAUUUAACCUUAACCAAUUACACCCAACCUAUAAUAUCACAGUUACUCACAUUCAAGUAGGCACUAAUCUGAUUGAUGUGGAUAUAGCUGCUCUUUUCGACUCUGGAACAUCUUUUACGUACUUCACUGAUCCGAUCUACUCCAAGCUUUCAGAAAGUUUUCAUGAACAAACAAGAGAUGAACGCCAUCCCCCUAAUCCAAGGAUACCUUUUGAAUAUUGUUAUUACAUGAGUCCAGAUGCAAAUGCUUCCCUGAUGCCUAAUCUUAGUUUAACCAUGAAAGGUGGAAGUUCCUUUCCUGUCUUUGAUCCGAUUAUUGUCAUCUCCACUCAGAAUGAACUCAUUUAUUGCCUGGCCGUGGUCAAGAGUGCUGAACUGGAUAUAAUUGGACAGAACUUCAUGACUGGCUACCGUAUUGUAUUUGACCGGGAAAAGCUUGUCUUAGGCUGGAGGAAGUUUGAUUGUUAUGACAUUGAAGAACAAAAUCUCUUUCCAACAAAACCAGAUGUUACAACCGUUCCUCCUGCUGUUGCUGCUGGAUUAGGUAAUCACUCUAGUCCAGGAUUGACAAAAGAGACGAAAAUUAGUGCUCAAGCUUCAACUGAAUCAGAAUUCAAUGGUUUCCAUUCUUCUCUUUUGACUUGCUUCAGAUUUUUCAUUAUAUUGCUUUUUUUACUAUAGACAUCCAAUGUUCACCGUUUGCUGACCCAUCUGGUAACGACAUCUGUGAUGUCUUUAUAUCGUGGUGUUAUCUUAAAUUGAGAGCCCCACUUUAAACUGUGGAUUAUAGUUCAAGCCACUCUACCAGAAAUCAGUAUUCCAAAUUAUGUAGAUUUUGUUGAUUGAUUGAUACACCAUAAAUAGAUUGAGAGGUCGUCCAAUGUCUUACCACUUUUAUAUCCCAUUUAUCCAUAUAUUGCUGACUGCCGUUGAAAUAAUAGUGUUGAAGAGCUACUUCUUUGUUCAA